AUGGAGCCUACUACCAACCUCGAACAUUUUCUCCUCUGGAGCCAGGAUAUGAAUGCUGAGUUCCCUGAUCUCCAAUAUCCACUCGAACAGCAGGAAGACUUCUGCUGGAAUGAAUUCUUGGAUCAGUACAUUGAUCCAUUCCAGCUUGAGGCUGAGGCUGCUCCACCUGGCGAAGAGCCAGUCCCAACAGUGGAGAGCCUGCCUGAGCUGACACUAGCUCCAUCCGUUGGUGAGAGUGAUACAUGUGAAAUGAACCAAUUACUUGUCGACCUACAGAAUCGUGUUGGUGAUUUGGAAAACAUGAUCGCUCAAAAGGAGAGAACGAUCAAUGCCUUAGAGAGCUACGUCGAGCAGCUACAGCCUUAUCUUUUACAGCUCUCCAACUCAGUACAGGAAAUGCAAAUGAAGGCUACGGUCGGGUAA